UCCUGCUCACUCUCUUUUUCAGAAUGCUCUUUGCAUGGUCCACACAAGAUGAACGCCACGGGUCCGGACAAGUUUUUUACCUGUGCAAUCCGUUUAGAGGGAACGUGCAAAUUCUCUUGCAGAUUGCAAUACUUUUUGUAGCUCAAAUACAUCACGGUUCCGCGGGUCGCACGUAAAGAAAAGGAGGAUCCAUGCAAGUUUUUGGCAGUUCAAAAAUUUGUAAAAGGGGUCAUAGUGUUAACUCGAGUUGGUACCUUUUCCGUCAUAUUGAUCAUCGAUAGAAAUCGUACACCUGGAAGUUUACAGCCACUAGGUUCCUUUUUGUUUACUGGUGUAGUCGUGAAAGAAUUGACAUCUCCUACAUCUCUUCGUCACUGGAUUUGUCAAAAAACACUCUCACUACGGUGUUUAACACAAGCAGAAACACGUUGACAGUCCUCACAUUUAGAGUAAUCGUCCAGGUCUUGUCUUAAAUUCAGAGGAGGCAAUGAUAACAGAAAUGGAGUUUAUUCAUCUGCUACGGAGGUAAUUUCCAACGCCAUUUCGUUUGUUAAUCCUCUCCACGGCGCAGUUGGAAAAAAUGCGCGAGCGAGUCACACAAGAUGGCACAAAAUGUGCUAAAAAUAGUACAUUUAAUGGCUAAUAUAUAUAUUUCGAUGAGGUCAACCCCAUCCCUGGAAAAGGUAUCCAGUUACGGUCUACUACCCCGAUGUAUAUAUAGAUGGCUCCUGUUAGAGUAUAAAAAAGUAAUUUUGUGCAAUUUGGCAGCGUAAUUAGAGUUGCUAGAUAACUCUGUCCGCCAUCAGGAGCCCUUAAACCACAAUUAAAACAAAAAAAAUGGAUGAGUAAAGACUAUACAUCAAUAUCAAUAUUAAUCUUGUAAAAAUUCUAGUAUGAGCCAUUAAAAUUGCUGAAUGACCUUCUUCACCUCAGACACUCGUGUCAGUCAAGUGUAAAUCGACGUCCGCCAUUUUGAAUUUUGUUCAAAAAAAACCUCUGACCUAGCAGCACAGCUGCAUCUUGCGCCCAUCAUCUGCCCCCAAGGGGAGAGGAUCUGGCUCCUUUUUCAUAGGAAAUUCAUAAAUUGUCUACUAAAACACUGUGCAAUAUGGAAGCAAGGUCAAUUUAAGCACUAAAAGCAGCUCAGAUAUCUCAGAAUUGGAAGAAAACUAGUAAGAGAAAUUGCUCAGAGAUUAUGGAAAAAGUUGCUUGAAACGAAAAAAGUUGCUCGAAAUACUACAAGUUGCCAAAAAGUUGUCGAGCAACUUGUUAAAAGCCCUAGGGAGAAGGGGGGGGAGGCUACUCAAUAAAGCUUUGUUCGGAGAGGCUUCUCCCCGAAGUCCAGUACCCUUAAAUAUACUAUUUUUGACAAAAGGUACCCCUUUCGUGUAUCUUCCAUUGAAAAGUUGUACCCUUUUCAUAUAUCUGCUUCGUGAGAAUAAGAAAGGAGGUCUUCCGGUCAUUUUCGAGUAACCUUAACAUGUAAAUGAUAUUGCCAUAAGGCGUGUUUCUUCGAAGCAUUUUAAUAAAAGGCCCUUUAGAAUACUUAAUGAAAGAUUUUUGUCUCCUUUCACGUACUUCAACUUGUGAUUUUCCUACCCUUUGUUACACCUGAUGCUUGAAAGAGGUACCCCUCGGGCGAAGCCUUCCGGACUAUGAAACUGUGCAUCAUAAAAUCAGGAACAGGAGAUGAGUGGACCUUCGGACAUGGACGGCGAUUGAAGACUGACGCAAAAAUAGAUGAUACAAUUAAGAGUCCAAAGAAACGCAAAGACUUAUAUGGGAUAACUCAAAAUGAAGUGAAUGAAGAGCAAAUGAAGACUGAAUAAAGUAAUGCCAGUUGGUCACCUGUUCACCACACCCCAUCACUCAGCCAAAAUAAAAAAACGACAACACAAAACGAGCUAAAUUUAACUAAAAGUAGUAACUGAAGAAGAAAUAGGACCGUAAUAGGUCGCUGAUAAGCCGGUUUGUUUGUUUUUGUUUUUUAUCUGUUUGGUAAUUCAUCACUUGUGGACAAGGCAGCUACUAGUGCCAGUCCCUCCUGAGUAGUGAAUUUUCAAGAUGGGGUUGCUUUGUUAUUUUCUAGUUUCAUCCUAUCGUUCAGCACUUUUUGCACUUUCAAAAUGUAACCUAGGCAGUAUUUCGAGCUUUUUGAUAUGUUCUCCAGCUGCUGAACAUACUUUACAGCGAAAUAUGAAAGAAAAUUCACGAAGAGGACUUAAAACAAACACGAAGGGAUCGGCCUGUUUUCAAGAAAAAGCUUGGAAACUAUAACAAAUGUGAGUUUUCUAAUUUCUUCCUGUUUCAAUGGCCCAAAAUGAUUAUCAGUGUUUUGGUUACAUGGAUGAAAGUAGACUGCAAUUUGGCUGUCAGAGGUGUUCUGUCGUUUUAGUUGUGCGCUGUAGAUCAAUUCAAACAUGCUCGAUUUUUUGCUCGUUUGAAGACACUGAGCUUAGGUCAGAUAAAAUAAGAAAAUGUUAGUCUUCUCCGUGGCUACUUAACAAAUCUUAUGGUUUUAGAAAGUAGUUCUGUGAUGUGUUGUAUCGCAUACAAAAAAUAAACUUCGCUCGUUAAAUUUUGAGGGUUGUGUGAGUUUCAGAAAAUGGUGAAAAGAAUUUGCUUCUAAAAAUGGCGUCCGAGGGUGUCGAAUAAAGUGAUGCUCGUAUCUCUAAUACAAGAGCAGUGAAGAAACUAUGUUUGGUAUAUUUGUCCAUUACUCCACCAGACCUAUCUAUUUAUUCUGUUGACCCCCUUCCGAUGACAUUUUUUAACAUUUUGCCCGGUUUUCUCUUGCAACCACUCUUAAAACAUAAACAAAUGACAGCUUUUGUCUGUUCUUGUCCACAUGUACGUUCACUACAUGUACACGGCAAGAGAUCAUUUUGGCUUGGUUUGUUGGCUUUUACAUUUCGUAACACGCGCUAUUACUCCACAGAACUUUUUUUUUCAGUUAUCACCCUAUUCACUUGCAUGCAUGGGAAAGUAUAAUUUAUUAAAAUGAUAAUUAAAAAAAACAUGAAUUGAAAUAAUGCGAUAAACACACCAAGAUAAAAAGGUCUAUAGUCGUUGAGUCGUUUUGUGGUUGAUUCUCCAAAUAAGUACAAAUGGAAUUCGGAGCCUUAAACGUGACAAUCAGCUAGGAUUAGCCUUUUAGAUGAACAGACAUAAAGUCUCAAAUGAUCCCCUAGCUUUCACCGCAUUCAGAACUGGCUUUUUAAGCCCCAAGGUAGCCCCACCCCCUGGGAAUCAUUCUACCCUCCCAGAGGAUCAAUUGAUGUUCUGAAGUCAUAUAAUGGGCCAAAUAUCACUCCUUAUCUGGACAGCCUCCAUCUUUAGAAAUUUUCACCAAUUGCCUGUAAAUCAAAUUAAUCGGAGUCAAAAUCGUGACAUUAUAAGAACAGAUAAUAGCUAUGACAAAGUGUCAUCAUGCAAAACGAAAACAAAAAAAAAAACACCAAAACAUUAACCUUUUUUCAAUGAGAUGAUAAUUGAAAAUUACCACCAACCCAGUCAAAUAUGAAAAACAAUAAUUGCGUUCAAUGCGGGCCAUAUUAAAUCGGAAGAGAAGGACUUCGUCUGCUAGUUAACCCUUGAAAACGUCGAUGGCAUUCCCUUGAAUAAGACACCGAUUGAGCAACUCAUUUAGGUGGCUCGAUACAGUCUUUGAAGAUGACAAUUUGUUAUGAUCAGGGUUGCAAUGACAUCGGAGUUGUCAUAGCAACGAAAUGACGCUAUUACCUAUUUUACUUGCAGCAGUAUAUCUCGGCACUGCGACCUGUUCUUCUAAAAUCGUUCACGAGAGUUUUUUUCUCCAAUACGAUUGAUGUUCGUCAAGUUUAAGCGAAAUCUGUAAGAGCGUUAUCGAGAUAUUUUGGAAUGUAGUUUUUAUGGUUAGUAACACAUGCACAGUAACUAAAGAAAAAUCUUGAUGUUUGGCCGUUAUCUGUAGAAAACGAAGCGCUUUUGACGUGCAAUUUUCACCUCACAGUAGUUUCAAUCUUUUUGAAAACGUGUGUGAAAGAUCAUGCAGAUAGCUCCAGCCGAUUGCCAGAAAGAAGGGUUUAUAAGUACGUAUCGAAGCACUCUCGUUAGCGGUUUUGUAAACAUUUUGGUCUUCUUUAACAGAUUAGCGAAUAAUUUUUAAACCGCUCGAUAGAUUUUUUUUUAAAUUUAUGAUUCUUGAGAUUAACCUUCCUUUUAUAUUACCUUUUAGUUUCAAGAUUAUUGGUAUAUUUAAGUCAGUAAAAUAAGGGUUACAAUUCGUUAAUUUUUUUAUCGGAAGUUUAGUCAUUACAAGUGAAAGCCUGUCGUUAUUGAAGGUAUUGUCUCCAAGUUUCAUUUUCACGUGAACAGCAGUAAAUAACAAUGAAUUUGAAAUAUCAAAAAUGCAAGCUAUUGUUGUGCACGAAAAAAUGGAACUUGGAGACAAUACCCUGAAUACUCAGAAGCUCUCACUUGUAAACACAAAAUUACUGACAAAAUAUUAGCGAAUUUACAGAUUUCGCUUAAACUUGAACAUCAAGGCCGCUGGUUGAGGAAAAAGCUCUCGUAAACGAUUUUGGAAGAACAGUUCCCAGUGCCGAGAUAUACUGCUGCAAGUAAAAUAGGUAAUAGCGUCAUUUCAUUGCUAUGGCAACUCCGAUGUCAUUGCAACCCUGAUCAUAACAAAUUGUCGUCUUUAUCUAAUACAACUAUGGUGGCCAUUUUUCCAAAUAUUUGUUUAUGGCGACGUAGUUUAUGCUCAAACUUGGGAGGUAUUGACCCCAAAAAACUGUAUCGAGCCACCUUAACAGACGUUUUUUACCACGUAAUGGUACCCCUGAGAACUGUUUCUGCCUAAUGAAGUCCUACGUAGGUGCAUCGAAGCGAAUAUGUAUGCAUAAAUUAUGGAGCGACAAAAGGCAAAUUCCCUGGAGAACAUUACGUGCUCUGAGUUGGGAAAACAAAACAUACAUGCUAUGAUGGUCUAUUGUGAAGAAAGUUUUUGUAAAUUUGAAAACGUUUGAUUUCACAGAACGUAUGUAGGAUGAUAUAGAUCAAAACUGAAGCUUUGACAUAAUUUUUCUCCCGCAAUGAAUAAGCAUGCAGUGUUCAAAACAGAGGCUAUCUGGAUCAGUUAUCAAGUACUCCUAUGCCUACGUUUUAUCAAAACUGUCUUAAAGAUGACUUCUUUUAAUGAACCGCAAGCGUUGAUUAGCUUUACUAUAAGACGGUCAUGACAAUGUGAUCGCUUUCUCUUCAUUACGCAGCCUUUAAAAAGCAAAGGAAAGACAAGUAAUAUGGACUAAACAGAGUCCAUCUCAGCAAAAGAACACUGGUUCCUCCGAGACUCUUGUUUCUACUUGCAUGGUUAUAUUAUAAUUAAAAUUGAAUAUUUUUCAUCUUGCAGGACAAAAUGACGGAAUUGGUACUGUAAUCCGGAUAUGGUAUUCGUUACGAAUUUCAGAAAGCGAUUUUUCACUGCUGAUGUCCGGUUUGCAGGACCUUUUGGACGCUAGUGAUUUAAACACUCUAACGAAUGGCUUCGUGAACAUGGUGUCAGUUGAUCAACUGGGUAAGCUGAAAGAGGUGUGGCAAGUUUGGGUCCAGUUGUCUUCUCUCACAGGACCCUGGGUAACUGAACAAAGAAAUGACGCCUUCGAAAGCGAUACUGGAUCAGAGGCUGGGAUUUUUAACUAUCUAAACUCGAUCCCAAAAGACCACAAAAGAUCUGCUAAGUUAUGGAUGAAAGAUGGGCUUUUUGCCUCAAAAUGCGUGAAAUCAUCGAAGUUAACGCGAGAGAACGUAACUCUAACAAGUUAUCUAUUCCAGUAUGAGCCUGGAGAACAAGACGCCUACGACUUCAACAUAGAACCCAGCAAUCUUCCCUUUUCAAGCAGGGAUUACAAAGCCAUGACGAGUGUCUGCUACAAUGAUUCGCUUCCAGAGAUGUUCAGCACUUACCUAUCAUAUAUCAUGAACAAGUGCAUUGACAAACUGAGAAGUGGUCGGGUGAAGUUGCAGGUGAUACUAUGUGACUGCAUGAUGAUUGAUCCAUUCCUGCCUGUCGACCUUACAUACGACCGUAUCGCAACAUCAAAUCUAAGCGACUACAUUUCCCUUCCCUCCUUACUAACAAAAUUCAAGGGGUACUUGAAUGUCAGCAACAGUCAUUCAGUCUUAAUGACUGAAAUGCAUAAUUGGGUGGAUGACUAUUUGCCCGAAGUGAAAGCUGAUAUAUUUUUGAGGGCCCCUGAACUUACACCGAAAGUUGUGAAGGACACAAACAAUCCAUUGCUUGUAGCGACCGGGCACUUGACGAGCUUAAUUGAAUACCACAACAUUAUUCCAGACUUCCAGCUCUACCUCCGUGCCGCGCUUAUCGAGUCACACACUGAAACAGAAUUGGAGUCUUUCAGGAAACAAAGGAAGAAGCUUCCAUCCAUAAAAACUAUCUCUUCUGAUUUGGGCCUGGAGCUACGUGACUAUGUGAGAAAUGAAAACACUGUGUUUCCCUUCAAGUGGGCUGUGAACUGCCGUAGAGUCAACUUGAAUAGGGGAGAUGAAUUUACUUUAGAGUGGACCCUUCCCACGUCAUCUCAAUAG